CGGGUCUGUGGAACGCCCGAACAGCGGCUUGUUGUGUUUGGUGAAACUGAAGAACUAACAAUUUGGACGAACUUCCGCUCUUGGAAUAGUGUUUCACAAUGGCAUUAAAAACCUACGGCGAUAAACCGAUAAGUUUUCAGGUAGAAGAAAAUGGCGAAUAUUAUUGCGUCGGUUCGGAGGUUGGAAACUACUUGCGCCUCUUUAGGGGCAGCCUGUACAAAAAGUAUCCGGGAAUGUCCCGGCGCUUACUGACGAACGAGGAGCGCAAACGGCUACUGGACUCUGGCAUUAGCAACCAUCUGCUGUCGAGCUCUGUCUCGCUGUUAAAAGCGACCGAAGUACAGGAUGUGCUCGAUGGCAACGAUGAAAAGUACAAGGCCGUGUCGGUACACACUUCCGAGCCACCGGCUCCGCGGGAAAGCAAAUCAAGCAAGAAGCAACCGCCAUGGGUCCCGACGAUGCCCAAUUCGAGCCACCUGGACGCGGUGCCGCAAGCGACACCGAUCAAUCGGAACCGUGUGUACAACAAAAAGGUGCGCACCUUUCCGAUGUGCUUCGACGAUACCGAUCCCACACUGAACGUGGAGAAUGCAUCUCAGUCGGAAAUAUUGGUACCGAUUCGUUUGGACAUGGAGAUCGAAGGUCAAAAGCUGCGCGACACCUUCACGUGGAAUCGCAACGAAUCUAUGAUCACACCGGAACAGUUUGCCGAGGUGCUGUGCGAUGAUUUGGACCUUAACCCGACACCCUUUGUGCCGGCAAUCGCGGCCGCCAUUCGGCAACAGAUCGAGGCGUACCCAAACGAGCCGGUUGUGCUUGAAGAGGGUUCGGAUCAGCGAGUGUUGGUAAAGCUUAACAUCCACGUCGGAAAUACGUCCCUGGUUGACCAGGUGGAGUGGGAUAUGGCGGAGAAGGAAAAUAAUCCGGAGGAGUUUGCCAUAAAGCUGUGCGCCGAACUGGGUCUGGGCGGGGAGUUCGUGACGGCCAUUUCUUAUUCCAUCCGAGGGCAGCUGUCGUGGCACCAGCGCACCUAUGCGUACAGCGAAACGCCGCUGGCCACGGUGGAGGUACCUUUCCGCACGCCGAGCGAGGCAGACCAGUGGGCACCUUUCCUGGAGACGCUUACCGAUGCCGAAAUGGAGAAGAAGAUCCGCGACCAAGAUCGAAACACGCGGCGUAUGCGUCGUUUGGCCAACACAUUUACAUAGACUCGUCACCCCAUACCACGUAUUUCGCAGAUUGUUUUAAUCAGACAUCUCCUAAUCAUCUACUCGACUACGGUAAUCUUCUUUCCAUCAUUCUAUAUGUGUAUGUGCGUGUAAGAUUAAAUAAAAAUCCAGGAACACAACAACA